ACACACACACCACACACAAAACACACACACAUUUAACCGACGACCGGAGCUUCUGAACUAUUGCGCCUUGGCUCGCCAGUUCGCCAGCAACAGCUCUGUGUGUGAGCGCGCGCGCGGUGUGUGUGUUUACAGACUACAGUUCAUAGAAUAAUCGGGAAAAUCCGACGGAGAAGAAAAGUAAAACUUCUUUUUCAACGCGGGACACACUUCAUCUGAGGAUAUUUAUAUAUUUAAGCGCAAUUGCGUGAACUUUGUUGUUGUUUUUUUUCAUGUGUGUGUGUAUAUAUAGAGAGAUAGAUAGUUGUUGAUUUUUAAGAGAAAAAAUAUAUAAAUAUAUAUAUAUAUAUACACACACCGUUAUUUCUUGACUUGGACACUUGGACAAUGGAGCGGAUUACGAGCGCACAGCCUCCUCCAUGUUUGGCCAAAGAGAGCCCGUUGGAAAUGGCUGCCAUUCCGGGCAUGGAUUUCCCCAUGUAUGUCUACAAACCCCGGAGAGGUGCGAAACGAGGCGAGGACAGCAAGGACACCUACAAGCUGCCGCAUCGUCUGAUCGAGAAGAAAAGACGUGACCGGAUCAAUGAAUGCAUCGCCCAGCUGAAGGACCUGCUACCAGAGCACCUGAAACUCUCCACGCUGGGCCAUUUGGAAAAGGCCGUGGUGCUGGAGCUGACGUUGAAGCACGUGAAAGCUCUGAACAGCUUGCUGGAGCAGCAGCAGCAGCAAAUCAUAUCUCUGCAGAACGGAAUGCAGAUCGGUGAUCACACCAAUGGGAGCUUGGAAAAGAGCGAGGAGAUGUUCCGCUCUGGUUUCCAUUUGUGUGCCAAGGAGGUUCUGCAUUACAUGGCAAGCCAGAAGAACGUGCAGGAUGUGACUCCUACAAACAUCUUAAACCAUCUGCACAAGGUGGCCUCCGAGCUGCCGCAGCGGCCGAUCAGCCCACGACAAAGGGCGCCCUCCCCUGCCCACAAAGCCCACGAGAUUCGCGAGAAGUCUGUGGUCGCACCGGACAGGAUGCCAGAGGGCCACACCAAAAACUGCGUCCCUGUGAUUCAGAGGACUUACCCACAUAGCAGCGAGCAGAGUGGCAGCGACACGGACACGGACAGCGGCUACGGUGGUGAGCUGGACAAAGACAAGCGCGGUUCCAAGGGUCAGCGGCCGAGCUACUACGGCAAAGAAGGCACUGAAUUGAAAUAUGGCAUCAAGGAGGAGUGGGAGGAGCCGCAGGCCAAACGGCAGAGGUCGGACUCUUCUGAAGACGAAUCCCUGUUGGGUCACGGCGGGUACACAAGCUUCUCUUCCCACCAGCCGCCACUUUGCAUGCCCUUCUACCUUCUCCCUCCAGUGACGGCGGCGGCGGCCGCUGCGUACCUCCCGGUUCUGGAGAAGUGCUGGUACCCAGGGGGCAUGCCAAUGCUGUACCCUGGCAUCGGGGGUUCCACGCCGGGCUUGUCCCCUGAGAAACUCCCCUUGUCGCUCGUCUUGUCGCCAAGAGUAUCAUCCCCAACCACCUCUCACAUUCAUACAGACUCUCCAGCUCUGCACCAGGCCCUAAAACAAGUGCCCCCCUUAAAUCUGGAAACCAAAGACUGAUAACCACUGGAGUCCCCUUCACCUCCGACAUCCAUCCUCUGAAUGUUAAGAGCGGAGGAUACGCUGAUGAAGAUCAGUGUCGUACCGGCUCCUGCUCUGCUACCGCUGUCCCGCCCUUCCCCCCAGUGUUAUCAAAAUAAAUAAAUACAAAUUCACAAACAUACACCUGCCCAGUGGCCAACUCCCUCCUUCAGGGCCGUAGAGGUGCACACUGGGAGUAGGAGUCGGUGUGCAGACGAGCGCACGCCAGCCACGCUGAGGGAGUGGAUGGGAGAUGAGGACUAGGGUGUAGCACUUAGAGUCACUGUGAAGAUGAUAAAUGACACUGAAUUGUCUGGCUUCAGGAAGGAUUGCUCCACAGGGACAUCUGCUCUCUGCGCUUGUGCUGAAUGUUUCAAUAAACAAACAAAUAAAACCUGGAGGCAGAAUGUGACGUGCAGACAAAGAGCCCCAAACAGAUCAACCAUAAGGACUCUGCCCUUUGCACAUAUCUUGUGUGUUUUGAAUGUAAACCAGAAAAAAAAAAGUCGCUAGCGAAACCCCUGUAGAUGCUGCUUUAUUUCCGGAUGUUUCUUUGUGUUGCAGAGGAAGGCUUCUCACUGCUGGGACUCUCAGGCUGCUUUAAAUAAAGACUCUCUUUCAGCCUAGAAUGCUACCAAAUAACGGUCUGUUUAGUUGACCAGAGCUUUCACACAAUGAGACAACAGCGACAGCCUCAUCUCUCCCCAUCGCUAAGUUAAGUCGCCGGUUUUCCCACAAAUUGCUAAAUUACAAACCCAUCAAACGCUCACGCGCACGCAGAUGAGGCUGAUCGGCCCUGAUGUCGAUUGCUUAUGUAAAUAAGGGAGUAAUGUAAUCGCCUAUUUUUUCUAAUAGAGAGAUUUUGAGUAUAUAAUUCAUUCUAGAUGGAGUUCUCGUGAGGUAACUGCAUCGUAUAAUUCACAUGUUUAUACAACAUUGUUUGUACAUCUCUAUAUUAUUUUUUUAUUUUAUACACGAGCCACAGUUUUGUUUUGUUUUUCUCUUGCGUUUUGAUUGAGAGAGGGGAGUUCCAGGUAGUCAUGAGACAUUAUGUACAUACAACUGUGGCGGUUUUAUCCGCAUCAUGCUCUGUGUCCAUUUCUGGUCAAAUUAAGACAGAUCGAAGCUCAUGCUGUUGCCUUUACUUGUGUUAAAGCAGUAAAAUUCACAGAUAUGUAAAUCUUAUUAUUAUUAUUAUUAUUAUUAUUAUUAUUUUUUAAUCUGUAUGAAAUGGAGAAGCAGGAAAUGUGAAUGUACAAUGUUUAAACAAUAUACUAGUUUUGUAUAGGAAGAGGUACUUGGGAUUUUUAUUUUGGGACCUAACCGAAGGUUGCUUAAUGUAUAUAUUUUGUCAAAAAAAAAAAAAAAUGCUGUUGACAUACAUUAAAAAGUAUUAAUAAAGUUUU